UCCAUUGGUGUUUGUCAUCCGGGGGCGAACUGGGCUGUGCCAGUGGAUUUGUGGAGGACUGCUGCUCUCUCUCGCACAGAGAAAUCUGUGUAAGAUGCAGGACAGUAAACAUGUAGCAGCCGUGACCGGAUCGACACGCGGUGAACUCCAGAUGCUGCGCGUGAAGGAUCGAGCCAUUUGAAAGGUUAUGGAUCCGAGCCUUCCUUCUGUCAUCCUUUUCAUCCUGAUUGGCUAUGUUUUAAGCUCUUUUGAUAACCGCCACCACAAUGUCACCCGCCGGUACGACUACUGCGUGCUUGGAGCCGGCCCCGCAGGACUGCAGAUGGGAUAUUUCCUCUCCAAGGCCAGGAGAAACUAUGUCAUCUUGGAGAGGAACUCGGGACCCGGCAGCUUCUUCAACAAGUUUCCCAGGCACAGGAAGCUCAUCAGCAUCAAUAAGAUCUACACCGGAAGGGGGAACCGAGAGUUCAACCUGCGCCACGACUGGAACUCGCUGCUGAGCGAUAAACCUGACCUCCUCUUCAAGAGGGUCAGCGAUGAGUUUUACCCGCCCGCUGACGCCUUCCCUCAGUACCUGUCCUUGUUUGUGGGGGAGCUAGGGUUGAGGGUACAGUAUGGUGUUGAUGUCGGGAGGAUCAGGGCAGUGCAGUCUGCAACGGGAAGACACUACAUCCUGACUGACCAACAUGCGUCAGACUACACGUGCAGCAUCCUCCUGGUAGCCACGGGCCUGUGGGUUCCUCACAUGGUGGACUUUGUCGGUGCAGACCUGGUUGAGGGCUAUGAGUCCAUCUCCACUAACCCCGACGACUACAAGGACCAGGCCGUGCUCAUUCUGGGAAAGGGAAACUCUGCUUUUGAAACAGCCCAGAGCAUCUUAGGAAGAGCGAGUCGGGUGCACAUGCUCAGUUCCAGCCCCGUUCGCCUUGCGUGGCAAACGCAUUACGUUGGAGAUCUCAGAGCUGUGAAUAAUGAGCUGAUAGAUACAUAUCAGCUGAAGUCCCUCGAUGGGCUGGCGGAGGCCCGUCUGGAGAAGAUCGUUAUCGCUCAACAAAAGGAGGAAGACAAGAGGAGACUGGGUGGAAAGAAGAAAGAGAAAAGGAAACAGCUGUAUCUCACGUUAAAUAAGUACAUGCACAGUAGGAACAGUUUUGAUGCGACACAGGAAGAACUGCCGGGGCAUCACAUCGACAACUUCCCCAUGCGAAAACCCUAUGAUCGAGUCAUCCGAUGCCUCGGAUUCCGGUUCAACUUCAGCAUAUUUGACAGCUCCGCCUGCCCACCGAACAGUGAAAAUGCCAAAGGGAGGUUGCCUGAGUUGACGCCCUGGUACGAAGGGAAGAACACCCCGGGUUUGUUCGUGCUGGGAACUGCAUCUCACUCCAGAGACUAUCGCUCAUCUGCUGGCGGCUUUGUGCAUGGAUUCCGUUACACAGCACGAGCUGUACAUCAUUUACUUGAACACCGUUACCACAGGAACGCGUGGCCAUCAACACAACUGUUGGCAACACAUUUGCAGUCGUGGAUUCUGAAGCGGGUCGACGAGGCCUCGGGGCCAUACCAGAUGUUUGAGGUGCUUGGAGAUGUCAUACUUCUUCGAGGGUCUCACUGUGAAUACUUGGAAGAGUUUCCACUCCAGGCCCUGCCUCAGCUUUCCUCUCUUUCUGGCCACGAUGUCUCCAUGCAUGGACUAAUAGUUGUAGUCAUGCAAUAUGGGAAGAAGAAAAUAGACUAUCUGGGGCGCAGCAGGGCAGAAACAGAGUGGACUAAUGCUUGGAAAUCCAACUUUCUUCACCCUGUUUUAUACUACUAUAAAACACUACCUUCUGUGGAAGAAAUGAAGCUACGUCCCAAUGGCUGGCCUUUACCGCGCCCCCAAGCCAUUCAUCACAUAGUGGAGGACUUCCUCACAGAAUGGGACGCUCCAGUAUCUCACAUCCAGCCACUGCGACGCUUCCUGGAGCACUGUCUCCAGACUGACCUCAGGGCCUUCUAUGCAGCUGGCGGAUUGACUCAUUCCCUUCUGUCCUCCGGUUUGUCAGAAUCCUGCUUCCACUUAUCCCUCACCCACCGCACGCCACCACUGUUUUGCCAGCAGGGAUACCUGAAGCAACAGGGGAUCCCUCGCAACAGCCAGCUGCGACAGCGCGUUCAUGACGCAGGACUGACGCACACCGAGCAAGACGUAGGCACAUCCGAUGCUGACUCGACAUUUCCAAAUUACCUGGCACCAGCUGGAGCAUCCGUAUCUUCAGGACUGAAACUUGACUUAUGAUUGUUUUACCUAAGCGUGCAGCAUGCACCUGUAAGAUUUUUCAGAAUUGCUACCUCCAGCACUUGCAGUCAUUACCUCCACGAGGCCAAAUCUUUUUUGGACAGAAUGCCAUCCUACAGAUCUGUGUUUCCCAACCUGUUUACCGGCUUGAAACAAAGCAGUUUUUCUUAGAGUUCUGCUGCUUGAUUGUUUCAACCAAAGACUAAUUCUCCCUUCUUUAUGUUAUUAGUAUUCAAAGUAUUAAAUAAAACAAAGAACUACAAUUAUCCUUUAUUAUAUCACGUUGAUAUAUUUCCUAUUCUCUAAGCUGACUGCUGAUGCUUUAGAUAUAUCAUGUGACCAUCAUUGGGAGUCAAGACCUGCAGAUUGGAAACCACUGCUCAUCACUUUAGGGAGAGGUACGCUGUCCCAUAAAAGCUCCCAAGUAAUUAUUUUCACAAGUGUUUGUAUACAGGAUGUUGUGUGUUAUUUUCAUAUCAUGCAGAUCUAUAUAUCAUGUAAAGCUCUACAGGUGGAGGGUGGGUAUCACAAAUAUUUAUGCAUAAAAAUUAUGGUAAAUGAUUAAACAAACAUCAAAA